CAUAGUAGCUCCAGCGCAUCAGCAGGGAGACGCACGCAGCCGCGAUACGAGAGGGGGGGGGACCGAGGACACGCACCGGCGCCUGGACAUUCAGGGACUGGACACUGUUUGUUCGUUCGUUUGUUCGUUUUUUUCAUUACAUCAUGAAAAGAGAGGUGAAGGUUGGAGUCAACUUCCUCAAACGCCUGGUUAUGGCACGUGGCAACCUCGAUGAAGCCAAAGCAGAAUUGUUUGCUGAGAAGCUAGAGAAGCUUUUAUGUGACAAAUAUGAUGACCACUGGUACCCUGACUGUCCCAGCAAAGGCCAAGCAUACAGAUGCAUCCGGAUAAAUAAUGGAGUGCUUUGUGAUGAAGUGGUCCUGAAGGCAUGUGAGGAGAGUGAGCUCACACCCAGUGAGCUGGGCCUACUGCCUGAGAUCACAUUGUGGAUCGACCCACGGGAGGUGUGUGCAAGAUCUGGAGAGAACAGCAGGCCCUUCACAAUAGCCUGCUUCGAAGAGGAAGAGGAGGACGAGGAUGGCGUGAAGGGAGAACAGGAUGACUCCUCGGUGGACUCAGUAAACCUGGACACGUCAGAUUACCACUCUGCUACCUCUUCCGAUUGUGGUUCCACUGCGUCGAGUGACACAGAAGAUGAGGCAAAGGAUGGUGAGACGGAGGGAGAACAAGAAAAAGAAGAGAAGGAGGUUGUCAAGAAGGAAGCGGUGGAAGGCGACACCUACACGGUAGUGAUGGUGCCCAGGGUUCGGAAGCGACACGGAGAAGGACCAAAUAAAGUCAAAUACGUCAGAAAUUUGCUCCCUGCCAGCCUCCAGUACUUCUACCACCCUGCACCAGUUUGGCCUCAGUACAAGCAGGGCGCUCAAGUGUUCCUCACCACAGUGUGCGCGUCUCCGGCUCCGCCGCCUCCGCCCCAGAAGGUAUUUGGCUACUACAUCUUGCCGCAGCCGUCUCCACAGUUCAUUCUGCCUCAGGCUACUCUGCAGCCAUGGGGAGCUGUGAAGGGUUAGACCAUCCAGGAACUGAGCGGUGAAGGCGGAUAGAGCAUUUUAAGCUCCUUCAACUGAGCCAUGUUCUGUCAGGUCUCUGAGUUCAGCUAAACUUGGGCCAAAAAGAACAUUUUCCCUGCAAAGCUCAAAGUCAUUCCUUGAACAACCUGUUAUAAUUCAUCUCUCCUUUUGAAUUCUGGUGACUUGUAAUUGACUGUUUGUACUCAGCACAGAGGUACCACUGAACUUGAGUGAAAACUUUUGUUUGUUUGUUUGUUUUUUAAUCUGUCAGGUCUGCACUGCUAAUUUUCUUUACAUACUGUACAUGUUAAGAAUGACUUCAAUCACUGGGUGCUUGGACUAACUCAGGGACUCUCAGCAAUAUGCUCAAUGCCAAAUAAUUGUCUUUUUUAGGUGUUAUUUCUGUUAUGUCAAUCUCUGUCAGUUCUCUGACCAGAUGUAGUUUUUACUAAACUGCUUGUAAAUAGUAGAGAACUUAGAUACCAGAUAGACUGAUGCACACUUUCUAAUAUUACUGUCUUUUUGUUGUAAUUUAUUUGGCCACCAGUGGAUGGCACUCAACUCAGAGCUAAUACAUGAAAUUGUAUAUUUUUUUAUUGACUGUGGCUGCUGAAUAUUGCAAAUCUAACUUCGCAGAACACAAACAACGUUUUAAACUGCUCAAACUGUUUCUGUUGUAAACAAAAUGCAUAGAUAUUCUUCCUAUUCAGGGAUAAUUUAUGGCCUGCUUAAAGCUGUGUUUUUUUAAGUUUUUAUUGUAAAUAAUUAUCCUUGGUAUGAAAAUCUGCUACUGCUUUAUAUCCUGAAUACAAACACAUUUCAUUCACUGUUUCUUAUGUACUGAGAUUAUUUAAUUUUUUGGAUCCAUAUUUAUUUACUGCCCAUGCAACUUUGAAGCUCAUCUGCUUGCUUAAGUAUUGUUUUGCGUUUGCAUUUAGCUUAUUGCAUCAGGGAUGUACUUCUUUACUGCAGCCAAUUAAAUCAAUUUAU